GGGAGGAGGGAGCAGUCUGGCAGUCAGCUGAUCACUGCUCUGGCAUUCAGAGUUGAAGCGGAGGAUGGAGAGAGAGAGAGGCUGAGGGAGAAGAGGCACUGAUGCUACAGUAAUCUGUGAUCUAACAGAGAGUAAGAAACCAACAGCGUCAUCUCAGCUCUGUCAGCCUCUUGUCACGGUUUGUUUCGGGAUCAACAAUGCAGAAGAGCAGUCUGGGAAACGAAAGCAAAAGGAGGAAGUGAAGAGAGAAACAAGAGAUGCCAAAAAAUCAACAUCCUUUCAAAAAGAGAGAGAGAGAGAACACACGGAUCAGCUCCAAGACACAGAGAGAGAGAGAGAAAGAGAGAGAGAGAUACAAGUAAACAGACUCUGUGGUGAGUCACUCCUCCUCUCUUCUACUCUCCUCUGGUGCGUUGUUGCUUAUGCACAGAAGAGCAGCAGAACUAAGAGAGGAGUUCAAUCUAGAGCCAGAGGAGGAGAACCAGACUGUGUGGGAGUAACAGAACCGAGAGUGGAACUGUAGAACCUAUAAGGGACCAGACCCUUACAACCAGGAGUAUCAUCAGACCCAGUGGGGUGCAACCAGACCCAGGGGGUUGUAUACUGUAUAGAGGAGCUGGUGUGUCUCUGUAGAGAUGUCUUGGGGGUCUUUGCUGUCUCCAGUCCAGUGGGCCAAAUGGACUUGGUCAGCUGUGCGGGGGGAGGGGAGGGAGGGGGAGGAGGGAGCGCCUGGAACCAAUGAUGGAGAAAAUUCGGACUCAGAAGGGAACUUUGAGACCCCAGAGGCGGAGUCUCCUGGUCUGCUGAAUGACCUGACCCAGCUGGAUAACUCUGCCCACACAGUCCUCACCAGAGAUGUCGGACAGCUGACGCCCCGCCUCCUCCUGGACAGAAACUCCAAUCAGGAUGUUUAUCCCACGUCCCUACAGGAAGUCCAAGAUGCCCUAAACAACCUCAAUAGCUCCUCCCCUUCUCUGAGUGGAGCAGGUUUAGACCAGAACCUGAACCUGAGGUUGAUCUCAAGACCUGGAGAAGGAGAUGGUCUCUCCCCGUCCCCUCUGCCCCAGCCACGCGCCCUACGCCCUGCCUCGCUCCCUGUCCACAACUUCCCUGACCCCGCAGAGGUUGAUGACAUUUCUCCUAUCACCUAUGACCCCAACGGCAACAUGAACUCUGACCCCAAAAGCCUGACCCCUGAACUGGACAGACCGGACUCAGACAGACAGUCACCUAGGAUGAGCACGGACAUCACGAACUCCUGUAAAGUGAUGAAGCUGGACAACCAGACUCCGUUACAGAACACCAGUGGAGAGGACAACGACCAUCGCAAAGGUCAUGCUACAGAUGAGGAGAAGCUAGCCAGCACAACAGGACUCGGAGCAGAUGGAGACCACAACGAGCUGAAUGUGUCAGCCAGACCAGAGGAGUCAGACUGCUGUUCUAUGUAUGAGGACCCCUGCCAGCUGAAGAACGCGAAGCUGGGAGGAAGUAACACGCAGAAGAAGACAGGAAGUGAGGUUCUAGACGCCAUUUGCAUCAGCGAGGAGGAGAAAAUGGCUGUUCUCACCCUUAUCAGAGAGGAGAUCAUCACUAAGGAGACGGAGGCCAGUGACUGGAGGAGAAAGUACGAGGACAGCAGACAGGAAGUCAUGGAGAUGAGGAAAAUUGUGGCAGAGUAUGAGAAGACCAUCGCCCAGAUGAUUGAGGACGAACAGCGCAACACCCUGAGCGCCCAGAAGUCUUUGCAGGCUGUAACCAUGGAGAAGGAGUUGGCGCUAGCGGACCUGAACUCGGUAGAGCGCUCGCUGUCUGACAUGUUCCGCCGCUAUGAGAACAUGAAGAGCACCCUGGAUGGCUUCAAGAAGAAUGAGGAGGUGCUGAAGAAGUGUGCUCAGGAGUAUCUGGCCAGAGUCAAGCAGGAGGAGCAGAGAUACCAGACGCUCAAACUCCACGCCGAGGAGAAACUAGACAAGGCUAAUCAGGACAUAGCCCAGGUACGCAGCAAGGCCAGCUCUGAGUGUGUUGCUCUGACCGCCAGCCUGAGGAAGGAGCAGAUGAGGGUGGACUCUCUGGAGAGAGCCCUGCAGCAGAAGGCCGAGGAAAUCGAGGAGCUCACCAAGAUCUGUGACGAGCUCAUCGCCAAGAUGGGCAGAACAGACUGAGGCAGAUUCCAUACGUCCAAAUCAUUCAAUCUUGAUCUGCCGAGAAAUCCCUGCCUACAACCUAUGGCAUACUCUGCCCUGUGCAUGCAUCCAGCCAAUGAGCAGUUCUGUUUUCCCUUGGGGCGUCUGCCUCUAAUGCUGCUGUACUGGUCCGAUGUCAUAUGAUAACCCAUUUUCUCUUGAGUAGUGUACCCUAUGGAGAAUAGGGUGUCAUUUGAGCCAGAGAUUGUUACAUGUGGACUGUUUUUUGUUUUGGUCAUUUUCGCCAUGCAAGACCAAAUCCCUUACUCCCUCCAUCUGUCGUUCUGUCCUGUAACACAAAUAUAAUAUAAUGUGCUGUCUAGGCAUUGCAUAGAUUUGGGCUUAUUUACCUGACGAUAACAUUUUGUGGAGAACUUAUUAAUAGAUUGUGUAUAUAAACACCCUGGCUGAGAUGUACUGUACAUAUUUAUUCUGAACACUAGGAGACUAGGGUGGGACCAGGUAGACACGCUCUAGGACAGUUAGAGGUCAGGGGUGAGCUGUGUUUGACCCUUCUGUAUGACUACACUAUUACAGGGAGGGGGGGAUAUGGACAUAGGGUUUAGGAUGCACUGCUAUUGAUAGGGGUCGUGUGGGGCGUUGUCCUGGAAAGUAUAAAGCUUUUCUCCUGUCUGUAAUGAGGCCUUGUGUUAGUAGUGGAGGAGGAGCUGUAGGUCUACUGUAUAGUCUGCUCUGUGUGGUCUUGGACAGGUUUAGAUCACCUCCAGCAUAACUGCACAGGGGAGGAUUUCUCGCUGUCCUACACUACACCUGGUUGGUGUUUGUCUCAGGCCAGUGUGUUGGAGCAGAGAGUAGAAUACUCAGUAACUCUGGAAAUGGUGAAUUUAAUACAAAGACUAUAUAUUUGGUAUAUGUUCAAGCAGACUGUAAACUGGAAGUGUUUGAAUGACUGUGGCUGUUAUUUUAAGUUCAGAAUUUUAAAAAUGCUCAGAAUAUCCUACUCAUGUUCCCCUCUGGCCACUGACAUGUACAGCAGCUGUAGUGUCCAGGUGUGAAACGUUAUGCCAUGGCGGUAGAGGGAACUGUUCCAGGAUUACUUGAGCUCCCAUUGACCCCGGUCCAAUGUAGUGCACUAUAUAGGGAAUAGGGUGCCCUUUGGGACACAAACCAGUAUGUUUUACUGCAGCACCUAUUUAGUGGCAUGGAAAGGUAACGUUUCUCUUAUUCACUGCUUGACUGUUCUCCGCUGAACUGGGUGUGUUAAAUGCUCGUCACCCCUGUGGAGAGUCACACCGCCUCACAGUACUUGUUCCCUCUCUGCCAUACUGCUCCGUGGACGACCAUAGUUCAACAAGAUGCAUUAUAAACUGGGUGGUUCCAGCCCUGAAUGCUGAUUCGUUGACAGCCGUCUCUAUCAUGCACAUUUUUGCGCCAUUCUGCAGUUGCUUUGCCUCCAGCGUCAUUGACGGUUUCGUUAAACAUUAUUGUUUUUUUUUUAAACGUGUCACCGAUCUCUUAUUUUGAAUUGUCAUUUUGUGAAGUGGUAAUAAGAAAAGUACAGCUAUACUGACUAUGUUGACUAAUACGGUAUAUGCAGUGUGUCCUGAGUAAACAAGAUUGCAGUAAUAAAGGAGUGUGUUCUCAUGG